AUGACAUCUAAAAAUAUUGAUUGGAAGCCAAUGAUUGGUAUGGAAUUUGAUUCAUCAGAGGCAGCUUUUCAAUUUUGGCUCGCAUACGGUGCACACGUUGGCUUUGGCGUUAGAAAACGUUACGUGAACAAGAAUAAAAAAACAGGUUCUAUAUCAUCAUGCCGGUUUGUUUGUUGCAAGGAAGGACUACGACAAACAGACAAGAGAGAUGCGUUUGUUAGUAACCAUAGAGCUGAAACAAGAACUGAUUGCAAAGCAAGGAUUUCUAUUAUAUUGAAGAAUGAAAAAUUUGUUAUUCAUGAAUUCAUAGAGGAUCAUAAUCACUCUUUGCAACAACCAGAGACCACACACAUGCUAGCAUCACAUAUAAAGAUAACUGAGGUCAAAGCAUAUGAAAUUGAUUUAGCUUAUAACUCUGGAUUACGACAGAAGUCGACAUUUCAACUUAUGUGCACACAGGAGGGGCAUAGUUCUAAUCUUGGAUAUACACGUUUGGAUAUAAAAAAUUAUCUCAAUGCAAGAAGACAAAGAAGCAUGGUGUACGGUGAUGCUGGAUGUCUUUCACAAUACUUUCAGCGGCAAUUGUUGGAGAAUCCAUCGUUUUUUCAUGCAUAUCAGAUGGAUGUAGAAGAACAAAUUACAAAUGUGUUUUGGUGUGAUGCAAAUAUGGUUUUAGAUUACGGAUACUUUGGUGAUGUGGUGUCAUUGGACACUACAUAUUGUACGAACCAUGCUAAUAGACCACUCACAAUCGAGUCAUUUAAAUGGUUAUUUGAUACAUUCUUACAGGCACAUAGCAACAAAAAGCCAAAGACUAUCUUUACCGACCAAUAUCAAGCAAUGGCUAGAGCACUUGCUGAAGUAAUGCCUGAGACUCACCAUGGUUUAUGCACCUGGCACUUGUUGCAGAACGAAAUCAAACACCUUGGGAAUUUGAUGAAGGGUGGAAGCUUUUUUUUAAGAGAUUUCAAAAAAUGCAUGUUUGAAUUCGACCUCGAAGCAUAUUUUGAGAUAGCUUGGGCUGAUUUGGUUAAUAAUUACAAUCUUCAUGAAAAUAAUUGGAUCAAAUCUGUUUAUACUAUUAAAAGAAAAUGGGCUUCAUGUUACAUGAAGAAAGCAUUCACACUUGGCAUGCGAAGUACACAAGUCAAUGAAAGUUUAAAUGCUCACUUCAAAUCUUGUAUGAAACCGAAUGUGGAUAUCAUGCAAUUCUUCAAACACGUUGAACGAGUUGUUGAGGAGAAGAGAGGAAACGAGUUAAGUUGUGAUUAUGAGUCAUCGCAUAAGCUUGCAAGGUUAAAAUAUGAGAUGUCUCCAAUAAUAUUACAGAUGGCAAAAGUACACACACACACUGUAUUUGAGUUUUUCCAAAAUGAGUUUAAGUUGUUAUUAACUUUAUCAAUAUCAAAGAGAAACGAGUCUCCAUCUUUAAGCGAGUAUGUUAUCACUAUGGUCAAUCAUGAAGGAUCUUGGAAGGUAUCAUUUGACCGUACUUCAAUCUCCAUUACUUGUAGUUGUAGAAAGUUUGAAACUUUUGGCAUACUUUGUUCACAUGCAUUAAAAGUGUUUGAAGUGAACGAUGUCAAGGCUAUUCCCGUGAGGUACAUUUUACGAAGGUGGACAAGGGAAGCUCGUUGCGGCAUUGUGCAAGAUUUUAGGGGAAAAGAAGUUGAAGGAGAUCCAAUGCUAUCUAGAACACGAAAACUUAGACAAAUUAUCUCUAAAUUCAUUAGAGUUGCGACUGACGCAUCGUCCUACGAAGAAUACCUCACAAUCGUUGGUGAAAGUGUAGAAGUCGUGCGCAAGAAAAUAAUGGAACUUCGCUUGCAAAACAGAGACAAUGACACUCAUAGUAGUGAGAAUCCAUCAUUUCUAAGUCACGGUCUUACACAACCGAAAGGAUUCAAGAAACGACAGGGUUUAAAGAGACAAAAGCGACUUAAGGGUUGGGUUGAACGACAACUUGCAAAAAAAAGUAUCGCAUCUAGUGGAAAGUCCCACAAUCAAGUAUCUCAGGAAAAAGCAUUAACAAGUGAUUUGAUCAAUGGUAUAUCUUGUUCAACACCUCCACAAGAGGAUCUGUUUAGCUUCACAACUCUUUUGAUGGCGCCCCUAAAUGAAACAAAUACUACAUCUGAAGCAACUGAAGCUCCGGCAACUGCACAUCCAGUUGCUACUCCAAUGCUUACUCAGCCUACAACAAUUGAAGAUCCCACAAUGAGUUCUGUUGUUCUGUCGGUUCCUCCCGUGCUUGUAGAUCCCGCCGCCUUGAAUCAACCUCCGCCAGUCGUUCAACCCGCUGUGGUGUAUGAUAUCAACGUUAAUAUUGUUGAGGUUAUAGCUAGAGGUGGCAAUUGGAUCCAUUAA